AUGUUUGCAUUAGACGGGUCCCAAAAUCUUAGCGCAAUCUCCUCUCGAAAGUCUAACAUGAGCAAUGCGUGUCCGAGCACGGCAGGCAAGUUCCGUUUUCUGACUCACUUUCUGACAUUACCUGCGAACAGAUGUCGGAUUGCAGUCCCAGAAAGACCGCAAAGCAUGCCUUACAUUCUGAGAAACAAUACGAGCGGACCGCCAGCUGCUGCGCUCGUUAACGUAUGCCCUUACUUCCACUAUUUGGACACUGAUACUAUCAGCCACUUCUUUCUUGGAAAGGGAUUAAACGCUCGGAUAAUCCGAGGACGAUUCUCUGAGGACGUGGAUAUUCUCGGCUAG